AUGAGCGAGUCCUCCACCACCGCACCCUCGACCAUGAAAGACCCUCCAGCGGCUUCACUCCCUGCAACUCCUAGUGGUAGGUCCGAUGUGGCUUCAUUACCACCGGCAGCAACCCAGUCCAACAGAUCUGAGAAUGUGCCCUUGCCAAUUCUAAGGGCCGAGGCGAAUCUAUCGGAAAAGCAGAUUUGGAUGGCUGCAGACAACAAUUCAAGUGAAGACGAAGCCACUAUAACAAAGAAAGAGUCGGUCCGCCUCUAUGAGGAGUCUCUUUAUGCAGACAAGGCUGAGAAAGCAGCCGACAAGACUGCCGCUGAUAACAUCGACGGAUUGCUGCCCUGUCGCCAAGAACCAAUCCCUGGUCCUCCUGAAUUGCGAAGUGCUGCCAACAUUUCCAUGUCAGCCGCCAAACCAGGUGCCUUUCCUGUAGCUGGCGUUUCAGCGAGAGGUGAUGGGUUUCUUGGUGGUGUUUUCGAAGAAAAUAAUAUUGAACAGAACGUGCGCCAACCCACGGAAGUGCAGGAAUCGUUGGAAAUCAUUAUUGCCAAUGUAAUUAACAACGACGAAUACCCCAUUGAGGCGAGUGUGGUGGAUGAUGAAGACUAUGAGGAUGCCAGUGUUCAUCAUCGCAGUCAAGUACUCGAAGAUCUCGAAGAGGCAACCAAUGUCAAACCACUUCCUCCUAGACCCCCAGAAGGGAGAUCGAAGGUGGGAGUCUUCACCAUAAUUCUCUUGCCAUUUUUGGGGGUAGUGCUGGCAAUUGUGCUGAUACCAACCCUUUCACAAGAUGAUAGCAAAGAGACUCAUGAAGCCUCCACACAAGAACAAAAUCAACAAGAGAUUCCUUUAGACCAGGAAAGCAUCACUGCCACAUACCCACCCUUUGACAACAGCAGCACACUUCAUCACAGUACAUUCACUGACAUCCUCGACAAUCCUGGGAGUCCAAGGUGGAAAGCAAACAAUUGGAUGUGGGAAGACCCACUCUUCCAGUCAUAUCCAAGUUGGCGCCAACACCAAAGGUUUGCCAUGGCUGUUAUUUACUACUCCACAGACGGUGACAACUGGCUUCAGAACGAUCAUUGGUUGUCCUAUAGCGCGCCAGAGUGGGGCACGCUGCCAUCAGAGAUUCAGAUCCCAUCCACAAAGAUUGUUGACUACUCCCACAACAAUAUCUCUGGUUAUCUACCUCAGCUUGUGGACAACAAUCACUUUGAACAGUUCAUUCUCUCCAAUAACAGCCUGAGUCCAUUUCCUGUUGUGGCUGACUCUGGCCUCAUUGGAGAAUACAGAAAAGUCAUCCGGAUCGAUUCCAACAACAUUGAAUUCAAAAACAUGGGACUAUUACGGGUGUUUCCAAAUUUGGAAGUUUUGAACAUGACUAAAAAUGUUAUUGCGAGCACACUGCCAACAGAAGUACAGCUGACACCAAACCUGAUAUACUUGGGAAUUGGUGACAAUCUUUGCAUGGGGACCAUACCCACAGAGCUUGGUUUGCUUCCUGCGCUGACUGGCUUGGAUAUUUCAGACAAUCUAGCUCUGGAAGGAACACUUCCCACAGAGCUCGGGCUGCUAUCUUCCCUUGUUGACUUGGAUGUUUCCAACAAUAUGGCUUUGAAUGGGACUCUUCCAGAAGAGCUUCGUGAUUUGAAGAAUUUGAGUCGGUUGGAUAUCUCUGGGACAUCCACCACUGGCAUCAUUCCAAUGGUGUUGUGCUCCAGAAACAACAGUGGUUCCCUGGAGCUGAUUGCCGACUGCAGCCAGAUGGAGUGCUGCUAG